CAAACUAUUGCUUGUCAUUGCAUUUCGGCAAGUCACAAACAACUUGAAAUUUUCUUGAAACCCACGAAAGUACGUUAAUAACUGCAACAUGGAAACACUUCUGGGUAUCAAGGGUCCCGACUUUGUGAUGCUGGCGGCGGACACCACCCACGCCCGCUCCAUAAUCGUAAUGAAGGAGGAUGAGAACAAAAUCCACAAGGUGUCGGACAAUCUGCUAAUAUCAACCACCGGCGAAUCGGGCGACACGGAGCAGUUCACCGAGUUCAUUUCGAAGAACAUAGCGCUGUACAAGAUGCGCAAUGGCUACGAUUUGAGUCCACAUGCGGCGGCGCAUUUCACGCGCAAGAAUCUGGCCGAAUAUCUUCGCAGUCGCACGCCGUACCAGGUGUUUAUGUUUGUGGCAGGCUAUGAUCCCAACGAGGGUCCGGAGCUCACCUUCAUCGAUUACCUGGCCAAUGCCAAGUCCCUCAAUUAUGCCGGUCAUGGCUAUGGUGCGGUCUUCGCGUCCAGCAUUUACGAUCGCUACUGGCACCCCAACAUCACCCAGGAGGAGGCCUACGAUGUCUUCAAGAAGUGCAUUGUCGAGAUCCAGAAGCGACUGGUCGUCAACCUCAAGAACUUCAAUGUCGCCGUGGUGGACAAGGAUGGAGUGCGGAAUCUGGAACCCAUUAGCGCGAAGAGCCUCGCCGAAUACAAUGCAUCCGCUUAGUUAGGUUUUUAUUUGAGCAUUCUAAAUGCACAAUUUGUAAUAAAAUGCGCCUGGAUUUUGGCAAACUUUGGUACGAA